AAGCCUGAGCGAGCAGAUAAACUAUUUCACUUCACUUCACUUCACUUCUACUGCUGGACGUUUGGAAAUCGGAUUAAUAGAGAGAAUGUCGCUGCUGGGUGGAAUGUGUCGCUUUAUUCAGGUCUCCAGGACCACAGGCGGCAGCUUCGGUUGGUGUGUCGGUGCUUCCCUCAGACGCCGAUCAAAAGCGAGUGCUGCGGCCUUAGCCAGUUCCCCCAGUCCUGAAGCACAAGAAAACAGAAAACCCAAGACUGGAAUCCUCAUGCUGAACAUGGGAGGGCCGGAGAAGCUGGAAGACGUUCAUGACUUCCUGCUCAGACUUUUCCUGGACACGGAUCUGAUGCGGCUUCCUGUGCAAAAUAAGCUGGGCCCGUUCAUAGCUAAGCGGCGCACGCCGAAGAUCCAGGAGCAGUACAGCAAGAUCGGGGGAGGAUCUCCCAUUAAAGCCUGGACCACCAUGCAGGGCGAGGGAAUGGUCAAGCUCCUGGAUGAGAUGUGUCCGGACAGUGCGCCGCACAAGUUCUACAUCGGCUUCCGCUACGUGAACCCGAUGACCGAAGAGGCCAUCGAGCAGAUGGAGAAGGACGGGGUGGAGAGAGCUGUAGCGUUUACCCAGUAUCCCCAGUAUAGCUGCUCGACGACAGGCAGCAGCCUGAACGCCAUCUACAGAUAUUACACUAACAAAGGACUCAGGCCGAAGAUGCGCUGGAGUGUGAUUGAUAGGUGGCCAACACACCCUCUGCUCAUCGAGUGUUUCGCUCAGCACGUGCUGAAGGAGCUGGAGAAGUUUCCUCCUGAGAAGAGGGACGACGUGGUCAUUCUGUUCUCCGCUCACUCGCUCCCCAUGUCUGUGGUGAACAGGGGAGACCCGUACCCCCAGGAGGUUGGUGCUACCGUACAGAGGGUCAUGGACAGAUUAGGCCACUGUAACCCGUACCGCCUGGUCUGGCAGUCCAAGGUGGGCCCGAUGCCGUGGUUGGGGCCACAGACAGACGAGGUGAUUAAGGGUUUGUGUCAGAGAGGCAAGAAGAACCUCUUGCUGGUGCCCAUCGCCUUCACCAGUGACCACAUCGAAACUCUGCACGAGCUCGAUAUCGAGUACUCGCAGAUCCUCGGGGAGGAGUGCGGGGUGGAGAACAUUAAAAGGGCGGAGUCUCUCAAUGGCAAUCCUCUGUUUUUCAAGGCCUUAGCUGAGCUGGUCCAGGACCACCUGAGGUCGAACCAGCCCUGUUCUCGACAGCUCACCCUGCGAUGCCCCCUGUGCAUGAAUCCCACCUGCGGCCAGACCAAGGCCUUUUUCGCCGACCAGGAGCUCUGACCUUUCACCUACCGCACCUCUAGUGCCUGAACUUCAUCCUGACUUCAUCACUCACCUGAAUAAAUGAAUAAAAACGAUAAAAAAAAGUACAAAUGAUGAAAUAAACUGAACCUGAAACGAAUAGCCCGUGAGACAGGGCGGGGCUUCCAUGUUAUCGUAACGUCCUGUUGAUAAUAAUGAUAAUAAUAAUAAUAGUCGAUUCAGAACUCUACACGGCAUUUUGCACUCAGUGCGUCAGGAGAUCAGAGCUCGUUCUUGUUUUCUACUUCCAUGGAAUGUUUAAAAGUGCCUGCGUCCACUCGGUGAAAGCCAGAACGUCUUCUGACCAAGAAGGAAAAAAAAUAUUUAAUAAAAUAAAAAUGGAUGGAUGAAUAUCCAGCUAAAUAUUUACGAAUUUCACUCUUCUUUGUCUGUUUAGAAAGUGGUGUAGCAUAGGUCAAUGUUAUUUUAUAAAAGAAUUAUUGUAGAAAUUAUAUCAGCUAUUUAAAAACAUUUAUUUUAAGAUUAGAGUAGCUUUGAUCUUUCCUUAAUUCUUAGCUACAUCCUUUUGUUUAUAAAAAAAUCACAUAAAUUAGAAGCAUCAGAAUUAAACUUAGGACUUAAAAUGCAUUGUUGCAUUGUUGAAAUGCUGUGUAAUUACUGCAGAACAGCUCGUUUUACUAAGCAAAGACUCUCGUCGUGUUUUCCUUGUAUUCUGGGGAUCCCAUCCAACUUGGCAGCGCCACCUAGAAGCCAGAACUGCGAACAUAACGUGCCUUUUUGUUCUCAUAUGAAGUGCUUUACAUUGUGUUAACGACAUAUUCAAUUAUUCAAUAAUUCAAUAAAAGUUAAUUUAAAGUUAGUUCAAAUCUAAUUAAGCCUAAUUUGUGCAGCUAUUAUUUAAUAAUGGUUUGAUUUGUUUAAUAAACAGUGAGUACGGUGA